GUGCUGGUAAGUGAGGAAUAGGCACGUGACACAACAAGGAACUGAGCGGUGUGUCUUUGGGUGUCAGGGUUUUUUUGGAGACUUUUGUGUUUAACUUUAGAGGUAAAGUCAAACUUUUGUUAUGACUGUAACUGCGUUGUUGAGGUGACAGUCUCCACUUCGCACAGGUUUGGGAUUUGAGCCGAAAUGGCGGUGAACUGGGCCGAGAGGGUCUCCGUUUUCUCCAGCAGCCCUUCUCGCGUUCUUUCCGGGACAACAGCUGAGGCGCUCCUGGCUGAGCUGCUGCGGGAACUCCGAGAUGACAGAGCCAGUUACAGUGUCAAGGUACAACAAUAACAACAACAGAAAAACCUUAUGACACAAGUAAACGAAGCUCCUCUUCCUUUCACCUUGUCGUACUUCAUUAACAUUAAAUAUUUCUGCUCUUUGCUGGACCUCGACUUCACCACUCAGACUUUCACCCUGAUAUAUAUAUUUGUCUGUUUUGUUCUGUCUCUGGAAAGGUCAUCGUCACGUUAUAGAGCUGAAUGAAUUAAGUAGGGGAGAGUGGGGUAAGUUGAGCCACCCCCUGUUGCUUGAAAAUGGUAGAAGUUAUUUAGGAGAUGGGCAUCAAUUCAUGGAGUCUGUUAAGGUUAGAAGCACAUAGGUGAAGGGGUUAGACAUUUAUUUACAAAAAGAAAACAUUUUUCACUCUUGAAAGUUAAUUUAUUCUGUCACAAGUUUUAUUAGAAAUGUAUUGAGACCAAAAAAGGUCACUUUAAAUUCGUUUUAUACAUCAAUUGUGGUAUCUAUGAGCUCCAACAUGAGGUCAAAAACCUAGCAUAAAAGUCCACCAUUUUAGCUUAGAGGACUAAUAAAGUCAUAAUAGUAGUUCAGGGGUAAGUUGAGCUGUGAAUGUUCUGAAUCACUUAGAGGCAUUCUCAUGUUACAAUGGCUUUUUAGCAGUUAUAUGCAAUAACAAUAAUAAAAGGAAUUAUUAUACCAGUUUGAAUAGUGUAUAAUAGAUAAAAAUACACAUGAAUGUGAAGAAGUGACUGUUAUUGAGGGAGAGAGAGUGGAGGGGGGGGUUGUAGGGAUGUGGCUCAACUUACCCCAUACACAGGGUAAGUUGACCAUAGGGGACCACUUUUUUUGGCAUGCUAUAUUAUCAAGACAAUUAUGUUUACACUCAUUCUGUUGGUUUGCAGGGAUGCACAACAUCUUGAAAUAUCUGCAGAUACACUAGUUAGAGACAAAACUAUGAUUGCCUUCCUGGAUUGAUCCGAAAUAUGAAAAAUGGCUCAUCUUACUCUACUCUCCCCAAUGCUAGUAUGUUUAUUAGACACAGUGUUUUUUGUAAUAAUGUGUUCUUAGGUAUUAAUAACUGUAGUGGAGAUUUGUGAUCUCAAGCGGCUCUUUUCUCAUCUCUUCCCAACUACUUCAGGUUCUCCUGCUGUCCCCUAUAUGUGAGUACCCAACUCUGCUGUGUCCAUCAGAGUCAGCGGGUGAGGAGACAGCCUUGGAGCUCAUGUCAGUCUUCACACAGUGUCCUCCCAAGCAUGUCCAGUUUCGUUGCCACCUCCUCCUGGCUCUGACCUCUGUGCUCGUCUGCACCUCCUGCGUUAGCAAUCAAUCCCGUGCCUCCCAAGAUUACCUGGACCUGCUGCUCCAGGUAGCCCAGGACACUAGUGACCUCCAAGGUGACUGUGCUCUUCGCUUACUACGGGCUACUGCAUGUGAUUGUCUGCGAGAGCUGGAGGCCUGCUCUCCAGGACUUCUCUCCCAGCACCUGGAGCUGUUAGCAGGACUCCGGCUGCGAGAAGGCUCCCGACUCCACCAAGCCUACGCAGGACUCCACACUCUGGUGUUAAGAAAUGCUGUGUAUCAGCUCACCCAGGAGGCUGGGGCUGGGGCUGAGCACCUGAAGGCCCUGCUCGGAGGAAAUACAACAGUUGCAUGGGAAGCUGGCCAGAACUCAGGCUUAAUAAAAAACAAAGACUCCAUGCAUCUGUCUUCUCUCAUUCUGGGACCCAUGCAUACAACUCCUACCCUCCAGACUGGGCCGGAUUGUAAAGAACUACGUUCAGUCCUGUCCUCUCUCCUGGAGGAAUCCUACCUCCUCACUCCUCUGUGUCAGGCCUCACUGCUUUAUAGACUGACGGAGGUGGUUGCUAUGGUGCCAGGGGUUCCUCCGUCUGUGUUCAGAGCUCAGCUUCUGCGACUUCUCGGCACCAGUGAGGUUUGUAUGGAGCAGAGAUAGAAAAGGGUGUCUGUUUUGUUCAUGUACUUGUUGCUUUUCAUGUGCAGAAAUUGUGUUAGAGACUAUAGGUUCACACCAGUUAUCUUUAGAAUUUCAGUCCAACGUCAAUCAACAGCAUAAAAUGGUUUGAAGCUAUUUCUACCACUGUUACGAAUAAUACAACUGUGGCUUCCUCUUUUGACCAUGACUCUCAGUCAUAGCUACAAGUUCAAAAAGAAGCUAUUUCCUGAAGGUAUGAUAGACUUUUUGGUAUUUUUCCUGCAAAGCCUUAACCGCGAGGAAAGAUUAGAUCUACUUUAUUGUCCCACAAGUGGGAAAUAUGUCUCAGGCUCUUCACACAUGUUGCAGCCUUAAAAAAAAUGACUUACAAUUUACAGCAUAUAAUGUGAUUCAAUACAGUUAACAUAGGAAUGACCCUGAUGAUGUAUGAAACCCAGAGUAGCAGAGCAUAUAGUUAUACAUCUUUAAAAACAUGACCAUCUCCGUGUACAAAUGAAUAAAUAUCAGGGCUAGACAGCAGCUCUAAAAGAUAAAUAAAUAUACACGAGAGCUACUGAUAGCAGUGCAUAGAACGCAAGACAAUAGUGGCAAAACAUCUUUAGCAUUUUGUGAUGCUCCAAAAAAUUGAAAGAAGACCAUCUGCUAUUUGAAUAUCAUUCAUUUAUUUCAAAAAGUUAAAAAAAUGUGUUUUUUUGUGUUCAUAUCACAUAAAAUGAAAUGUUUCAAGCCAUUUUGAAAAUCGAUGAUUGUUGCUUAUAGUGAAUGAAAAUAAGAAAUCAAGCAUUUAAAAUUUUUUUGUAUAUUUUCUAAGAUUGAAAACAAAAGUGUCCAAGAAGUAUGUUUAUUUAUUCUAAAUACUUGGCUGAGGCUUCUUCACAGUGAAUCACUGUAUUUAAAGGAGCCAAUAUGAAAAAGGAACUGAAAUUGAGACUGCUCUCGAUGUAAAAAGGCUGUAUCAGCAGCUUAGUCUGACACUUAUCCAAAAGUUCUUCUCUGGAGCUUUAAGUCAUCAGGUUUUGUUUGAGCUAUAUAAGAGGGGGUGGGAGGGGGGUAAAGUUAAAACAUACUCCAGCUAAGAUAGUCGGUAUUUUGUCGUGUGUGUGUGCAUGCAUGUGUGUGUGGGCAGUCUGAUUUCAUGUUGUUCAUAAAGGAGAAACUCCCAGCAUCAUUUUAAUGCAACCUGGAUACUGCACAGUACAAGCCACUGAAUACUUUUAUGAAAUUCACUGGCAGAGACAUCCAUUUCCUCUUCAAGGGAUAUUCAGGUGUAAAAUAAAGGUAUGGCUAAAUACAUCCUUACACUGAGUUAGACACUCCGUCAAGAGAUGAAUGUUGCAGACUACUUGCUACUCUUGUUAUACCAACUUUAGUAACAACCGCACAAUAGCAAUACACAACGGACUAUUUCUUUGGAGAAAUAAUCAUCAGAAUAAUCAUUUUGCACUGCAGACGCGGUAGUUCUUCUGCCUUAAUGUCCUGUUCCGGUUGCAUUUCAUUGAAGUAACGAUCAUAAAUGUUCUUUCUUGAGCUGCGAAACCCCGCUGCACUCAGUGGUCGACUUGUCAGGGCUCCCCCACAAACAAGUGGCUGCUGGAGGAGAGUGGGUGAGUUGUGUUUAGUCUCUUUGACAAAGAAACCAGGCAAAGCUCAAAAGAUGUUUGAUGGCUAGCACUAUGGCUGGGACCCUAUAUGGACUGGUGAUGAAGUUAGGUGCUGUUCUGAGAAUUAUUUGUGGCUAUAGAGUGGCUUUUUGGUUGUGGUUUGCUAUCGUGCGGUCAUUGCUGAAGUUGGUAUAACUGGAGAAGUAAGCAUUCGGCAACAUUCAUCUCUCGAGGGGGUGUCUAAUUCAGUCUUAAAGUCUGUUUGACCAUAACUUAAUUUUAUGCUGGAAUAUCCCUUUAAGAAAAGUGAUCAUAUUUCAUAGAUUUCACGUAUCAGUUCAGUUGAACCACGACUAAAGCUUUGCUCGCCUCCCUCCAGGUCAGCCUCCUCCACGCCACUCUGCUGAUGAAGUGCGCGUUCACUGACAGCCUGUUCAGCGCAGAAGACGAAGCUUUCAUCCUCAAGCGUCUGGUUGUCCUCUCCCAGCACCCUUUGCUGAUCACAUCAGAGAAGCUUUUCUACAUGGACUGUAUCCUGCAUUUUCCUGAGAACCGGCCAAUCAGCUGCAGCGAUGGUGAUGAGUCCCUCCCUGUUCUACUGACUCCCCGGCUCGCCUCGGCUCUUCUGCCCACUGUGUUUAACGACAGUGCCACCAUGCUGGCCCGCCUCAACCUGCUGUCUUUAGUCUACCUUGAAGAAGGAGAAGAAGGAGAGGGGGAGGAGAGCGGAGGGCUGGCCUACCUCUACGAACAUCUCAACUCUCUGCUAAACAUCGUGGAACAUGGAGCCAGCCGAGAGAUCAACGUCACCUUCUUUAGAGCCGCCUUCCUCUUCCUCUUUUACUUUAACCACGUGGAGCAUUACGCCAACAACCUCAUCGAGAAACUGUGUAAGCUCUACCUCCGCCACACCCACUUGGCCCCACAGCUCAUCAACCUUGCUGACCAGACCCAGGACAAGCUCCCUGAGUCGAGCUGGGCCGUUGGGCUCCUGAAAGCUCUCCUACAAGCCAUCACAGAGACCUCCCUCACCCAACUCAAUUUACAAGAUCUCAGCCAGCACCUUAAAAUGCUCGCUCGAAUGGCAGAAGAAGGAGAAAUCCCUCAACACAGCACCCUCCGCUUCCUCUCCAGCGUCAUCACUCAGUCCUCCGCCUCACUUUGCAUGAACGGCAACUGGCGUCUGGGAAACAGUCUCCUGGGGAUUUGUCGCCGCCUCCUCAACCACCCCAAUCUGGACUCGCUGCUCAUCCCUCUGGCCGACAUCCUCCAGCAUCUCGCUUGCAACUACGGGGACACAGAUAUCCAGGACCACGCUCGCCUUUACUACACGCUUCUGACCACGCUGUCACGGGAGAAGCUUGUCAGCGUGUUGGCGCAGGGUUUGAGGGAGGGAGGGCGGCAGGUCAAGAAGAGAACGCUGUCUUCCAUCAUGGCUGAAAGCGAGGGGCUGACGAGCACGUUAACCAUCCACCGGAUGGACAAAGCGGUCUUCAGGCUGGUUGAGGCCCAAUCAGAGCUAAACACAGAAACACACGCCACUAAAGACACCGACCAGAAUGAGACGGUGGACGGUCCUGAUGCAGCACUGACAGCCUACAGAGCCCAGUUUGAAGACCCCUGCUUUGCCUCAGACAUCACUUUGAACUACCAGCUGACUCACUUGACAACCAGUGACUCCCGCUUUGAUCAGCUCUUCAGCAUCCGCCUCCACAUCACCCUUACAGACGACCACUACGAAGAGCUGAGUGAUAUCAGCGUCCCAUGUUUGUUCAGAGAGAGGCCCACACCAAAGGUAAGGCUAAGACUGAAGCCCAGACGUCCUUAUCCCACCGUCCUCCAGGCCAGCGCUAUCUUCACCUCCCAGGACGGGCUCUCUUGGCUCACUGUCCUGCCAGACAUCCAUGUGUCGUUCCAGCAGGUUUUCAAGCCUCCACCUGUCCCCUCAACCUGGGGACGAAGCGACAAGCUGAGCCUGUUUGAAGGUUUGUGGGAUGAGGUAAACUCUCAGACUGGCGAGAAAGACCUGGUCGACUGUGCCACCAGCCUGUUCUGCUGCCAACUGAAGGAGGACGCUCUGGCUGCCUUGGUCGAGAAACACUUCCUCCCAUUCCUUCUAUCAGAUCCCGCCGAUAAAGAGGAGUUCAAAGUGCUUUUCUUCCUCCCGCCACAUUCCCAUGUGCUGCUUAAAAUCAAGUCUGAGGAAGAUGCUGUGCACUUUAAUAUAACCACAGACAGCUGGCAGCUGCUGCCUCACAUAAGUUCUUAUCUACUGACAAUCACAACCUCACAAGAUGUUCAGGAGUGACUGAAGCACCACUCUCUCGUUUUUAAUCAACAGCUGACUUUUUAACAUGAUCAAGAAGCUUUUUUUUUCAGCACUGAGAAACUCCAAUUUAAAAUCCAAUUAAUGAACCCAGUUGAUUUAAAAUAAAGAAGUUGCACUUAUAUUUGCUGCCACUGUAAUAAACACUUGUUUAAAGUUU